GGUCCGCCCCCCGGGCCUGUUGGACCCGCCCCCGGCCCACAAGGCCCUGCAGGGAGCGGGCCCGGGCGCUGCGCGAUCCAAGUCGGGUCGCCGUCCAGCCUGCAGCAUGAGCGCCCCCAAAGCGACCCCCAUCUUCGCGCCCGGCGAGAACUGCAGCCCCGCGUGGGGGGCAGCGCCCGCGGCCUACGACCCGGCGGACACGCACCUGCGCAUCCUGGGCAAGCCGGUGAUGGAGCGCUGGGAGACCCCCUAUAUGCACUCGCUGGCCGCCGCCGCCGCCUCCAGAGGGGGCCGGGUCCUGGAGGUGGGCUUUGGCAUGGCCAUCGCAGCGUCGAAGGUGCAGGAGGCGCCCAUUGAUGAGCACUGGAUCAUCGAGUGUAAUGACGGCGUCUUCCAGCGGCUCCAGGACUGGGCCCCGCGGCAGACACACAAGGUCGUCCCCUUGAAAGGCCUGUGGGAGGAUGUGGCGCCCACCCUGCCUGACGGUCACUUUGAUGGGAUCCUGUACGACACAUACCCACUCUCGGAGGAAACCUGGCACACACACCAGUUCAACUUCAUCAAGAACCACGCCUUUCGCCUGCUAAAGCCGGGGGGUGUCCUCACCUACUGCAACCUCACCUCCUGGGGGGAGCUGAUGAAGUCCAAGUACUCAGACAUCACCACCAUGUUUGAGGUGCGCCCACCUGGAGUUCCCUGUGGGUCUCCAGGCAGUGACCUUGGGUGGGGGUGGGAAGGGACUGCUGGAGCCACCUUGCUACCUGGGGAGGGUCCCUUCCUGACCCCCUGGGUGGGCUGGACUGUGCUGGUUCAUUUAGAAACCAAAGUCCUUUGCCUGGCACGGCGGCUGCCAGGAGUGGUGGCUCAGGUCUGUAAUCUCAGCACUGUGGGAGGCUGAGGUGGGCAGAUUGCUUGAGCCUAGGAGUUCAAGACCAGCCUGGGCAACAGAGCAAGACCUCAUCUUUACUAAAAAAA